GUCUGGCAUGUAGAGGAGAGAACUUGAUCAUGUUAAAUAUUGGAAUAUCGACUUUGUGGUAUAAUGUUCUUAACAAAAUGACUCACCAACAGAAAUUACGAUGAAAAAGAUGUCUUUGUUUAGUGGAUAGACGUGCCUGACACCAGUAGAAUGGAAUUUAAAGGCUGAUGAGAGAAGGUGUACCAGGAAAGCUGGAUGCCCUCCAUGAUGUAUCACGAGACUUCCCAUAAUGCCUGUAACCCUGUCAUUGAAAACACAGCAAUAUAUUGAUCCAGAUGCCAACAAGAUAGUGAGCAGUCUUCCUGUUCUACACUCCGAAUACAGUGCUCCAGACGAACAUAUUGCCUUCCUCAGGAGGUUCUUCAGGGCGCACGACACACAGACACUCAUGAAGAUUUUUAGAAAACUAUACAUGGUUGAAUGCAGGCGACUGAGUCCUUUGACAAGAGCUGUUGUUUCCAUUGCGGCAACGGUGUACGGAAAUAUACGAGGAUGUGGACACAAUAUUCUUGUCACAGAGUUACUGCAGAUUCUUUCAAAACCAAACUUUCAGGCUCUACUUUACUGCCAUGACAAAAUAGCAUCACGUGACUUUAGUCCUCAGUUGAGCGAGGAUUUUGGCGUGCAAAAUGGAGAUGACCAAACGGAACAUGUUACUGUGAUACAAUUCAUAAAAACCAGUGAACCUCUUGGUGCCACAUUGCAGUACAACGACGAGACGGGUACUUUACAGAUAGCAAGAAUUAUGAUUGGUGGAGCGGCAGAUAGAAGUGGGUUAUUACAUAUUGGAGAUGAGAUUUUAGAAGUGGCUGGUAAAAGUGUCAGGGAUAAAACACCAGACGAAGUCGUACAGAUGUUAGGCAAGAUGACCGGUUCAAUAUCAAUGAAAAUAGUCUCAGGGACAAAUAGGCUUGUCACUCUAAGGGAGAGUAAGAUGAGAGUGCGGGCGUUCUUUGAUUAUAACCCAAUUAACGACGUGUUAAAUCCGUGCCCUGAUGCUGGUCUCAACUUUUGUCGUGGGGACGUCCUUCAUAUAGUCAGUCAGGACGACCCCUGGUGGUGGCAGGCUCGUAAGGAAGGAGAGCUUAGUGGCAAAACUGGACUGAUACCUGCAAGGCAGCUCCAAGAAAGGUUUGAAAUGACAGAGAUGAUGAAACGUUACCAUAGUGAUGAAGAUCUGCGAAACUGUACUGGUCGUUCUUCUCGAGGAACAAGUCCAUGUCGUAUCAGUCCUAAGAUACCUCGAUCACGAAGGAUAAAGAAAACAAUGUACCAGGCCCAGCACAGUGGAGGUACACCCGAGAUCUACCGUAGAGAGUACGAUAUUGAAGAUAUUCCUACCUAUGAAGAAGUAGAACUCUUCCAGCCCACUCAAGACAGAUUCCGUCCAGUAGUUCUUAUAGGUCCGCCCGGAGUUGGACGAAAUGAAUUAAAAAGGCGUGUGAUGGUGUAUGCCCCGGAUACUUUCGAGGAAGUUGUACCUUACACGAGCAGGAAACGAAAACAACACGAGCAGGACUCUAGGGAAUAUCACUUUGUGCCUCGGGAGGAGAUGGAAAGGGGGAUAAUCAAUCACAAGUUUGUAGAAUUUGGAGAAUUUAAAGGCAAUUUAUAUGGUACCAGUUAUGCCUCAAUCCGAUCUGUUAUCCAAUCCGGAAAGAUUUGUUUACUAACACCUCAUACACAGGCUCUAAAGUUUUUGCGUUGUGCUGAAAUCAAACCAUUUGUUAUAUUCAUUAAACCUCCUCCAUUAGAAGUACUGAGAAUGACGAGAAGACAGACAAGGGCCAUGAAAACAUUAGAAGGAGGAACCACUAGGUUACUAACAGAUGAAGACUUUACAGACAUGCUCAGUAUUGGAGCAAGAAUAGAGAUAAAAUACGCUCAUUUCUUUGAUGCUAUACUGAUCAACGAUGACAUUAUAAAGGCCUCUAAACAGCUUCUAGCGGUCAUUAAUGAACUUCAGUCCAAACCUCAGUGGGUGCCUCUCAGCUGGGUUAGAUGACGCAACAACGUACUUAGAUACAAUUGCCAAUGAUUCAUAGCAUUAAAUGAUAAAAACUUUGGUAAAAUAGCUAGAGUAUUGACUUAAUAUAUGGAAAUUGAGAUCAUGUCCUGGUAACAAUGUAUAAAUCAUUUCUGUAGUGGUAUUUAUAACUUAGUACUGUGCAAAGGUAAAAAUAUACUUGAGUUUUUGCCCCCUUGUUAAUUUUCUGGAUAGGCCUAGAUUUUCUUUUUCUCUUGAAUAACUAUAUAUGCAAAAGGUUACCCUUUCUUCCUAGCAUAAACAGUUAUAAAUAUUCAUUAUUUAGAAAUAUAAUUAUUUGAACACUUUUAAGAAGUAUUUUAAUUUUAUCAAUACCCACAAUAUCUAAAGAUAAUAGGUUUUUGAUAUUUUUGAAAAUGCAAUUGAAGUCAGCCAUUGAAUUUGAUUUUUUAAAGUGAUUUUCAAACUUAGAUCUUGUUACCAAUUUUACUAAUAUUUGUCGUAAAUCAGUUGAAUAUAUGCAAUAUGUUUGAAUUAGUAUCUUUCAGGAAACAAUAUAUCCCUUUCGGAAAUAUUAAAGUUUACCACAAACACUUGUUGCAAUCAUGCUGCGAAUAUCAGGCAAACAUACUGUGAAAACUUUUGAUACAACUGAUACAAUGUUUGCAGGAUGUUCAUUUAGUGCUAACGUUUCACAUGCAAAUUAGAUUUGCCGCGAACAAGUUGCUGCGAACUUCUGGUGAACAAGUAGCUGUGAGCAUCCGCGAACAAGUUGCAGCAAUCAUCCCGCGAACUAGUUGCUGCUAACAUGCCGCAAACUAGCUGAAAACCUCGACUACCAAGCAAAACCUGGCCAGAAAUUGUCCACAAAAUUGCAUGCACAGAAAAAAAACAUCAAAUAAAUUAAUAGGAAUCGGGGAUAUAAUUUUAUUGAAUAAACUUAGCACCGAGGCUGUAAUAAAUUUUAAAUUGUCAAUGUCUGAACUAUUUCAUAUCAUGAUACUUGGUAUAUUUUGAAUUUUAAUGAUAAAAUAUGUAUGAAUUUUAAUUAUUAAUUGUAAUUUAAAUAACAGUGUCUCAGUGCAUGUAUUCAUUUCAUCCCAAUGUUUUUUUUCUUCACACUGCUUAUAAGUUAUAUGAAUGACUACAAAUCUGUCAUAGUUUUUCUUUUACAUCUUAAUUAUCAAACUUAUGAAGUGGAAAUUGUCAUUUUUAGCUCACCUGAGCCAAAGGCUCAUGGUGAGCUAUUGUGACCGCUCAAUGUCCGUCGUGCGGUGUGCAUCGUGUGUCCAUCAACAUUUUCUAAAAAAAACUUCUUCUUGAAAACCACUGGGCAGAAUUACACCAAACUUCACAGGAAUGAUCCUUGGGUGGCCCCCUUUCAAAAUUAUUCAAAGAAUUGAAUUUCAUGCAGAACUCAGGUCGCCAUGGCAACCGAAAGGAAAAACUUUAAAAAUCUUCUUGUCCAAAACCACAGGGCCUAGGGCUUUGAUAUCUGGUGUGUAGCAUCAUCUAGUGGUCCUCUACCAAAAUUGUUCAAAUUAUUCCCCUAGGGUCAAAUAUGGUUUAUAUAGACUUAUAUAUGGAAAACUUUGAAAAUCUUCUUGUACAAAACCACACAACAUAGUCAACAUUUAAAACUUCGUUCUUGUCAUGGUGGUACUCUGGUGGGCAGCAAAACCUUAUGUAAAUCUAAAAUAUUCCAUCACAUAAAUAUUUAAUAUACAGACUAAAUUAGUUAAAUGUAUUUAGUUAAAUGUAUUUCAUUGUAAUUUUAUUAUGUUUUAAUAUGUUUGUAUUAAUAUAUUCUUUCUCAUGUAUAUGUAUAUAUGUUGAGGCCCAUAUGUAAGAUUGGUUUCCAAAUAUGUUUGCCUCGUAAAAUAAAGUCAUUAGUAUUAUCAUUAUUAUUAUUAUACACAGUCUAGGGCUUUGAUAUCUGGUAAUGUAGCAUCAUCUAGUGGUCCUCUACCAAGAUUGUUCAAAUUAUCCCUCUAGGGUCAAAUGUGGCCCCGCCCGGAGUCUCAAGUUUUACAUAGACUUAUAUAUGAAAAAAAGUUUAAAAAUCUUGUCUGAAACCACAACACUUAGACCUUUGAUAUUUGGUUUGUAGCAUUGUCUUAUGGUUCUCAACCAAAAUUGUUAAAAUUGUACCCCUGGGGUGAAAAGAGGCCCUGCCCUGGGGGUCUAAAGUUUUAUAUAGACCUAUAUAGGAAAAAAACUUUAAAAUUCUUCUUGUGUGAAACCAUACAACCUAUGCUUUUGACAUUUGGUAUGAUGCAUUGUCUAGUAGUCCUCUACCAAAAUUGUUCAAAUUAUGCCCCUGGGGUUAAAAGAAGCCCCGCCCUGGGGUAACUUAGUUACUAUGUGAGUUAUAUAGGAAAAAAUAGCCGUAAUAAAUAACAUACUAAAUACAUAGGAUGUUAUGAAUGUCAUAAAGCUGCUAUCAGGUGUAAUAUGCAGAAGUUUUAAUUCCAUGCAUGCUGUCCUUCUUAAAUUUUUAGAACAAAAUGUUAUAAACAUUUCCUGUAAAAGCUGUUGGAGAGGCUUAUUGCAACACGAAGCGAAUAGAAUUAAAUAAUAUUGUGUAUAAAACCUUUAAAUUGUUGUGUUCCUGACUGUCCUGGCUACCCAUGGUUUUGCUUGUAUUUUUUAGCUCACCUGAGCACAAAGUGCUCAUGGUGAGGUAUUGUGAUCACGCUGUGUCUGUCGUACGUGCAUCCGUCCGUGCUUGCGUCAAGUCGUCCGUCAUCAACAUUUGUGUUUAAACAACAUCUCCUCCAAAACCACUGAAUGGAUUUUGAUGAAACUUGGCCUUGAUGUUCCUUGGAUGGUUCUCUACCAAAGUUGUUCAAACAGUUCCGCUUGGUUGCACAUAGGGGCUGCCAGAGCUAAAAAUAAUAAAAACUUCAAUUGACAUCUCCUCCUAAACCGAUGGUCUGAUUUUGAAAUAAUUUCACACAAAUGGUCCUUAUGUCACCCUCUACCAAGAUUGUUCAGAUUAUACUGAUUAGAGGGCGUGGUCACUUUUCCCUAUAUGUAUAUAGUGGAAACUUUAAAAAUCUUCUUGUGUGAAACUGCUUGCCGGAUUUUAGAAUAAUUUUACACAAAUGGUCCUUGUGUAACCCUCUACCAAGAUUACUCAAAUUAUUUUGAUUCAUCAAAAAACAUGGCUGCCAGAGGGCAUGGUCACUUUUUCCUAUAUGUAUAUAGUGGAAACUUUAAAAAUCUUCUUGUGUGAAACUACUGGCACGAUUUUAGAAUAAUUUUACACAAAUGGUCCUUGUGUGACCCUCUACCAAGAAUGUUCAAAUUGUUUUGAUAUGUCAAAAAACAUGGCCACCAGAGGGCGUGGUCACUUCCCUAUAUGUAUAUAGUGGAAACUUUAAAAAUCUUCUUGUGUGAAACUGCUGGCCCGAUUUUAGAAUAAUUUUACACAAAUGGUCCUUGUGUGACCCUCUACCAAGAUUUUCAAAUUAUUUUGAUUCAUCAAAAAACAUGGCCGCCAGAGGGCGUGGUCACUUUUCCCUAUAUGUAUAUAGUGGAAACUUUAAAAAUAUUUUUUGUGUGAAACUGCUGGCCCGAUUUUAAAAUAAUUUUGCACAAAUGGUUCUUGUGUGACCCUCUACUAAGAUUGUUCAAAUUAUUCUGAUUCAUCAAAAAACAUGGCUGCCAGGGGGCGUGGUCACUUUUCUUCUCUGAAUCAAUAAUAGCUAGCCUUGAUAUUUGGUGUGCGAUAUCAGAUUUGGAAUGUCUACCAUAAUUGUUCAAAUUAUUGCCCUAGGUUCAAAAGUGUGUGUGACAUGUAUAUAAUAUAGGCUAACAUAGAAGAAACCUAACUCUGUACUUAUACAAACACUUCUGAAGCCUUGUACACAGGUGAGCGCUUUAGGGUCAAUGACCCUCUUGUUUUCUUUCAUUGUUUUGUUUUUCAACCAUCUCUUUGGUUCAGGCACAUAACACAAGGUCUUGUACAAGAAGUCUUAUUUUCCUGGGGUUUUUAUUUAAUGAGUGCCAAAUUUCUGAUUGUUCAAUGCUUGUUAUGAUCAUAUUUGAAAAAUGCCCAGUGUUUCUGUCUAACACCAGUUCAGUACUGAAUAAAUUUGCCAGUUUUUCACAAAUUUCAUGAAUAUGCAAAGUGGUGUCAUGCUUUUGGAGCUUGCGACAUAAUAUCAGCAUUUCUUGUGGAAGUCUACUGAGUUGAAAUUGUGACAGAACAUUAUGAAUGACCCUCAAAGCAAAAAGUAUUUCAUAAUAUACAUGUACUACAUACUGACUCGGUAUAUGCCAAAAAGAAAAUAAGUAUUGUUAAAUUUCAUGACAGAGAAGUAAAUAUACUGAUCGACCUCAUGAUAUGACAAAUAUUAUUUACAAAUAUUGUCUGCCGAAUAGCGAAUUUUCUAUUAUGAGUGGGAAUUUAGUAUGUGAUCAGACUGAACCAAGCCCUAUGACGGCGCCCUUAGUUUUGUUGAUAUCAAAUGUAUAUAUUUAAAUCAUUACUAUAUUACAUGUACACAUUUGUAAACAAAUAUUUAUAAGAAGACUGAAUGUAUAAACAAAUUAUUUAUUAAUUGUACAAUAACUUAAAUGGCAUUCUAAAUUGAAAAUAAAAGUAUGUAUUUUUAAAUAUUCUUUGUUGUGUAUUUAUACAGAAAUGAUUAUGCUAGUGUACUUUGUAUUGUUUGGACAUUGAUGUUAAAUUUGUCAUUUUUUCAACAUAAAUUUUGUUGUUGGACUUUUAUAAAUUAUUCUCUUUUUAUAAAAGCAACA